CGUUACCUAGCACUUGAUUGGUCGAGGUUCGUCACAUGCGAGGUGACGAAUCAACGAAGAACUCAAGAGAGAAGCAUUUAAACACAGAAAGGUUUUGAAAUAGUUUGUCAUCUAUGAAAAUGGAGCUCUCCAAACCAAAACGAAAAAGACAGCGCCGUUAUUGUGAACACUGUGACAACAAACUUUCACAUGCACAAUACUUUGACCAUAAAAAAACGGUACUGCAAAAAUGGAGUUUGGGAAAAGAAGUCCAAAAAUAGCCAAUGUACAAUAGAUGAUGCACCUGACCUGUCAUCCAAUCAUCAUCUUAUCGGUGAGAUGUUUGCAAACUCAUUCGAAGCCCUUGAAGAUGUUUUAGAAGAACUUCAAGAAUGCAACAGUUCACAUAAUGAUGAUGAUGACGAAAGUAUUCAGCUGUUCCUUGAGUCCAGUGAUUCAGAUGAAGAAACCAAUACCUUUCUGGAUGAGUUUGUGGCUGACGGGGGUGAAGAAGUGGAAAUUCUUGCGGAGGAGCAGAUUGAAGCCUAUCUAAACAUGCAAGAUGGAGAGAAGCAUGGAAGUGAUCAGUCUUCAGAAAAACCAGAAGACUUACUGAUGAAACUUUUGGCCAUGAUGAUUUUGUCAUGGCAAGCAUCUUUCAAGAUUUCUGACAAUGCCAUCACAACACUACUUCUGUGCAUGAGGCAGUUCAUGUGGACGGUAGGAAAUGUUCUGUGUGCUGAUUUCCUCACUGCUUUCGCAAGCAAUAUUCCGAAGACUUUAUCCUCUUUGAGGAAAUGGACAGGUAUUGUUCGUGAUAAUUUUGCACAAUAUGUGGUUUGUCCAAAAUGUAUGGUAAUAUACACGCUAUCUGAAACCUAUGAGGUCAAACAGGAUGGUACAAAGGUAUGUAAGUCUUGUAGUUACAUCCCAUUCUCCAAACACCCACAGAAAAGAUCUGCUCAAAAGAAGAAAUGUGGUUCUGCCUUGCUAAGAAAGCUAAAAUCUUCCACUGGGAAAGAGUUUGUAUAUCCAAUACGGCCCUACUGUUACAGCAGCGUUAGGCAGUCUUUGGAAGUUCUUGUUAAAAGACCUGGAUUUCUGCAAAAGUGUGAAGAAUGGCGACUGCGAAAAAUGCCAGAGUGUGUGUUCGGAGAUGUUUAUGAUGGACAAGUAUGGAAGGAUUACCAUUAUGUGAAUGGAGAGCCAUUCUUAUCAGCCCCAAAUAAUCUGGCAAUGAUGCUCAAUGUGGACUGGUUCCAACCUUUCAAAAAUGCACCUUAUUCAGUUGGAGCCAUCUACUUGGUCAUUUUGAAUCUACCUUGUGAAGACCGUUUUAAGGAAGAAAAUAUGAUACUUGUUGGACUAAUACCUGGCCCAAAAGAGCCAUCACUAACCAUGAAUGCAUUCUUAGACCCACUGGUUGAUGAGCUCGAAGAACUCUGGAGUGGCAUAAUUUUGGAAGAUAGCUCUUUUUUAGGAUAUCAGGUUUACAGAGCAGCUCUGCUGUGUCUGGCAUCUGAUAUCCCAGCAAGUCGAAAAUGUGGAGGCUUUGUGGGCCAUGGAGCAUACAGAGGAUGUCACAAGUGUUUGAAGACAUUCUCCAAAAAAGAGUUUGGUGCAAAAAUGGACUUCUCUGGAUUUGAUCGGUCUUCAUGGGAAUCACGCAUAUCAAAGGACCACAUACACUAUGCUGGAUUAUCGAAGCGGGCAAAAACAAAGGCAGAACAAAGAAGAAUUGAACAUGACUACGGAGCUAGAUGGUCAGAACUUUUCCGCUUGAGUUAUUAUGAUCCCAUCCGAUUUGUUGUCAUAGAUCCAAUGCACAACCUUCUUCUUGGUACAGCAAGACAUGUAUUCCGACUAUGGACAGAAUUAGGAAUUUUAACAGCAAAAAAGCUUGAAGAACUUCAAACUAGAGUGGAAAACAUCAAAGUACCUCAUGAUGUUGGUAGAAUUCCCUUACGAAUUCCAUCAGGCUUUACAGGAUUUACAGCAGAUCAGUGGAAAAACUGGACAACCAUUUACUCCCUGUUUUGUCUGAAGGGGCUUAUUAACAGCAGACACUAUGACAUGUGGUUUGACUUUGUGCAGGCUUGUAUCAUUCUCUGCUCCAGAGUCAUUUCUUGUGUUUCACAAUGUUUUUGUGUCAGCAGAACGACUUUUGUUAGAAAACUGUACAGUGCUGCCUCUGUCACCAUUCCAGCAGACAAUCUUGGAUGAGACUGACAGAAAUGCAAUGUUAAUCAUGUAUCACCAGAUGUACCCUGACAAUUGCAUAACUGAGAUUGACUGUUUUGCCAAGACAUGCAAAAGGGUAACAUAUCUUAAUGUAACUUAUUCCAUAGAUGGAUCGAGAGCCGAAAGGUCAGCAUGUGUAUAUGCUAAGUGGUGUGGAAACACUAACAGUUUUGAGGAACCCACCCUUGACCCUAGAGCAGAACCACGGCCGGCUAUUAUCAAGAUUUUUUUUGUUGUAAAUGUGAUGUCAAAAGGUAAUGAAUUUAAACACAUCAUUGCACAAGUCUCCUGGCUUCAUCCCCAUCCUGACAGACAUUUUUAUGGAAAGCCAGUAGAAAUUUGGAGUUUGCAGGGAACAGACAUCUCAUGCCCAGCAGCAUUUCUCCCUGUUGAGCGCAUUGCUGGAAGAUGUGUGUUGAACACAUCUACUGUACGUUUAAGCAAAACAACGGAGAAAGUUACUAUAGUCAUGCCACUAUGCACAGUGGUUGAGAUCUAGGAGGUCUAAGAGGAUUUUAUUACUAUUGUUUUUAGAUUAUUUUAAGAGUUUACUAA